CUGACACUUACGCUAUACAGGAUGGUGCAUCUAUUCAGAGCCGAAAUUUCUGCUUCGAAAUACAUCAAACGGCCAUUAAAACUCAAUUCUCUAGACGGGUCGAGUAGCGGUGUGCCGUGGCGGCUACAUACAUGAGUUUCUCUGGAGGAUGCUGACCCUUGCACGGACAACACACCCGUUUUCGUCGGCUUUCCUAUGCUCGCUAUCGGUACACUAUUUCCAAUUACUCUGAUCAAAGUCGGAAGUAUGUCAUCAGGGAAUGAAUCCAGUGGGUCUCAAGCACCCCGGAAGACCGUGCCAGAUGAUAGUCGUCCCCGAUUUGCAUUUGUCACGGAGACCAGUCAGUCAAAUGCUCGAAGCCAUGCGAUGCGUGAGCAUUGGAGACAGCGUCACAGUCGUAACAACAGCACCAAGACCAGACGUGUUCAGCCCAAGCUCCUUCCAAACAUCUCAUCAGCUGCAGACCGGCCCACGAAAUCCCAUGAAGUCCCUACUCAGUCACGCUCAUCUCGAAGCCGUGGGAGCCCAAGCUCAGGGCGACAGUGCUCGGAGACUUCCUCUAACGAGACAGACCAAGAGCGCGAUGAUAGGAUCGAGCUUAUAGGAGUACCCUCACAGCUAUUGAGUGGAGUGGGCCGCGCGUUAUCAAGCUCGAGACUUGACCCUUUCCAGACAUUUCCAGUACAAUUAACCAGCCAGCAUCAUAAGCUGCUACAUCACUGGAUCGGCACUCAUGCAACCAUGAUGUUUGAAGAUCUGGAUAUCCCAAGCUUCAAUCCAAUGAAGGAUGUAUGGUUCCCCCUGGACCUUUCCAAUGCAUCAUCAUUCAACGCAAUCAUGGCCCAUGCCGCGGCGCAUCUAUCCCAUCUUUACGCAGGGACUAGUCCGCAAAAGGGAACCAACUCAGCGGAUGCCUUGAAAUACAAGGCAGAGGCCGUCCGGAUUCUCCAUGAAUGGCUAUCAGACCCACAAAAGGCACUUAGCUAUGAUGCAUUUGCAGCUGUGAUUCGACUUCUGACGUUCGAGAGAUACUGGGGAACUGCGGAGGAGUGGAACAUCCACCGCAUGGGCCUCCAAAGGAUGAUCGACGCUAAAGGCGGGAUUGGACAGCUCCAUGAUAACUGGCGUCUCGAGCUUGUUGUUUAUCUCGUCUCCCUAAUGACCAAGCCUUCAUGGUUCGAGCCGACAAACAACAUCUCCGAAGUGUCCGAGCCUUCAGCAGAUGCAUUCGCCUUAGAUCCUUCAAUGGACUUUCAAAAGAUACGCUGCUUGUGGCUGAUAUCUUUCAUCCAAGAUCUACGAACCUUCAUGGGAUUUUCUUCCCGAUUUUACGUUCAAGGACUUUCCACCUAUCCCUCGCUCUACCAAGCCGUCCUCCAUCUCCGUGAUGAAUUCCAACGUUCCAAUUCAUCUGCGUCAGUUACGCUUGGAACAUCUCCAUCCGACUAUGAUAGACUGACAUGCCUAUUCUCAAUAUGCUUGAUGAUGCAAGAAUCCAUCUCUUCCCCGCCUAUCGACGCCAUGAGCAAUUCUUUCUGGUCCAGUGGGCUAGAUAUCUUGGAUGGAGCCCUGAUGCAAUCGCGGGGUCUGUGGGACUUUUCGGUGCAAAAUCUGCGCCCAUUUUUACAUCAACACCUGGUCGAAACUUAUCCAGAUGCAUUGCAGAAGAUAGAAUAUGUGCGGAGGAUGACAGAAGUACUGGGUCAGGUCAGCCUCGAGGCGCGCAUUGGUGUUGAGAAGUGUCUUCUCAAUAUGUUGUGCCGAACGAAUGACGCACAAACUGUGUUCUUGGUGGAUGAUGGAUGGACACCUGACUCGUUGUUAUCAUCGAUGCAUGGACAAUAAUGGUGAUAGCUGCUCAAAUAUUGAUAGAACAUGCUUCGAGCCGUUGACCCGGCCAGUAUGGCAUCAAUGUAAAUGAC